AUGGUUAUUACUGGAAGUGAUUUGGAAGGUAUCAAUGCUCUGAAAUCACAAUUAAGUUUGUCCUUUGAGAUGAAAGAUCUUGGCCAUCUAAGAUAUUUUCUAGGCAUUGAAGUUGAUCGAUCAUCUGAAGGAUAUUUUGUAUCACAGGUGAAGUACGCUACUGAAAUUCUUCAUCGUGCAGGAUUAACUGAUAAUAAAAUAGUCGAUACUCCUCUUGAGUUAAAUGUUAAAUAUAAUCCUACAGACGGAGAAAUUCUAUCUAACCCUACAUUGUAUCGGCAACUAGUGGUUGUUCUUCGAAUCCUGGGUUAUCUCAAAGGUACGUUAUAUCAAGGAUUACACUUUUCUUCUACAUCUGAUUUAAAACUCAAGGCGUAUUUCGAUUCUGAUUGGGCCGGGGAUUUAACUGAUCGUCGAUCAACUACUGGAUAUUGUAUGUUUCUUGGUAAUUCUCUAAUUUCCUGGCGUAGUAAGAAACAAUCUGUUGUUUCUCAUUCAAGUGCUGAGGCGGAAUAUCGAGCUUUACCUCAUACUACAUCGGAGAUUGUCUGGCUACGUUGGCUGCUUAGUGAUAUGGGAGUUUAUCUUUCAGAGCCUACUCCAUUAUUUUGUGAUAACAAAACCGCUAUUCACAUUGCACACAAUGAUGUCUUUCAUGAACGAACAAAACACGUUGAAAUUGAUUGUCACUUUGUGAGACAUCAUUACAAGAAACGGACCAUUGGGCUGCAUUAUGCUAAUUCGGAAUUACAGAUAGCAUAUUUGUUCACAAAAACAUAUCCCUCUAAACGACUUCAGUUUCUAAGUUCCAAACUCAAUAUGUGUUGUAGACCAUCUUGA